AGAGGGCGCUUCUUCACUGUUGUUCUCUAUUGGGCUGGUUGGCUGGCAACGGGUCACGUGAGUACAUUUCAAAAUGUCGGACACACAACUGGUUUUUGAAAUGUGGCGUUGACAAAUUGUUUCGCCACAGUUGCAGUAUUUUGAGAUUUGGUGAGUUCAUAGAGACAUCAGGAAGUAAGGAUCAGCUGAGCAGCGGGGUUCACACCGUUCCCUCACAGUGCUAUGGCCGUGACAAUGUCCGGUCACAUCAACCGCGACCCCUGCUCCGGUACGGGACUGUACGCCUACGACGAGCACAGACCGGUCCCCAAGGUCCGACCAGAGGCACAGAACUACUACGAGAGUGGCACCAAAGGCAGCGUGGGUCUGCUGUUUGAGCUGCAGGGAAUGUCCAUACGACCACGCUCCAAACCUCCACCCCGACCUGCGGACCAUAUUCGCGAGAAUGUGCGGCGGAUGCGCCAGGUGCAGCGGGAGAGCCGGCGGCGACAGGAAGAAUCCAACAAACCCAUGAAGCCGCUCUUCAAAUCCGCUAAGUGGGAAGGGGUGGAGUCAAAGGUCAAGAAAAAUCUGGAGAACCCGUGGCCAACACCCAGACCAGAGUCUCAGAACUUCCUCAGGUCUCACUCCCGACAGGGCCAGCCCAGACCACGCUCCGCCAGCCCCGGGAUCAGACCGAGGACCAUGUCAGCCGGGGCUGUCCGGCCGCAGUCUGCACGCGCCACGCCCUCCGCAGGGCAGAGUCGGCGCAGUCCGUCCCCCUGCACGGUCGAUGGUGGCAAGGAGAACGGGAGGAGGGGAGAGGGUCUUUCACUUGAGGUGACAGGUACAAAGACAGGCAGCCCCACUAGAGAAGGUGUUGACUUUGUCGCACACAAUGCUCGGAAGGCCUGGAAGGACUGUAACCGGCUGAAGCGGCCCCCCACACAGAUGGCCCUACAAGACUUAGAGGAGAGGAGAAAGAAAGAGAAUGACAUGUACAAGAGAGGAGAAGUACCCAAAUACCUAAGGAACAGACAAGAAGAGUGGAAGAAGGAAGAAGAGGAGAGAAUACGGAACACACCCGACCCCUCCAUGCCCCCGGGUCACACCAUGAUGCCUGAGGCGGAGAGGAAGGACACUCUCAAAAAACUCAAAGACUCUGAGCAGGACCUGUUGAAACAGAUGCGGGAGCUCCCCAUCGGCAGGAGUGACACGUUACGCAUCAAGCACGCCAAGGAGGAGCUAGAGAAGAAACUGUCUGAAAUCGACGAAGCCAUCAAAAUCUUUUCAAGGCCAAAAGUCUUUGUAAAAAUUGAUGACUAGCAGCCUUUAUCAGUUAAGCCAUUACAUGGCUUUUGUACAUAUUUUUUUUGGGGGGGGGGGGAAAGAUGUACAGUCAUCCAAUAUGUAUACAAUUUUUGGGAAAGGUUAGAUUUGUCCUGAAUUAUUUUGGGCUAGAAGUGCUUAAGGCAGCAUAUUUGUUUUGCAGUAUGAUUUGGGUCACAUGUAGUUGGUGUACAAGUAGGAUUAAUACAUUUUGUAUCUGCUGAGCAGUAAUAUAUUGUACAGUUUGUGCAGGGUAGAGCACAGGGUGUAGUAGUAAGAUCAGGUAGUUGACUUACAUGGAAAGUUUGGAUGUCACAAAUGCUUCAAAUCAGGACAAAACUAUUGAUCUAUUGAACAUUGUCAGUGCCAUUCAUGGUAGCAUUUCUUCAGUAAGAAGUUUGGAGAGGGUUUCGUUAAACAAUGAGUUGCCAACAAGGUUGGGACCUGAAAGAAUUAUAGAACAUUUAAUGGAACUUCAUGAGAAGAGGAACACAGAUAAGAUAAAAAGAGGGCCAAGUGACACAACCCAGAUGUGAUCAUUUCUUUACAUGUACAUACUAGAAACUGUAAAUACUGAAAGAUUUUAGGGGACUUUGGAAGUGUUCAGGGAGGGCAGUUCAAAACACACAGGACACACACACAAACACGUUUUUUUUUUCCAAAAUAGUAUAAUCACUGUUGUAACUUAUGCACAAUGUAAUGUUAGUUGUAAGGCCAGCACAUGUAUUUACACAUUUGUAGGAUACCAGUAGAACAAACAGCGCAGGGGUAGGUAAGUGUUAGUGAACUAUACAUUGCCGUCCAAUGCUAUGUCAUGGGUAACACAGCAUGAUAAAGGUUGACACAA